AUGGGAAGUCAAGGUUCUGGUGUGCUAGCUGUGUACGAUAUGAACGCUGUAGCUAUCAUGUCUUAUCUUAAAGGCCAGAUGAUUAUACUGAGGGAGAAAUGUGACAGCCUAUUUGAUGACGUAACUUCGGCACAAGACGUGUUAGAUAGGAUCAAAGAGUGCCACAGACAUCAUAACACCUUAUUGAAACACUUUACCCUUUUCAACUCCUUGCUGUCACCUACAAUGUUCGUUUAUGUGCUAAUGUGUUCUAUAACAAUUUGCGGUAGCGUCGUGCAAUUCAGUUCCAGUAAAUUAGUUGACAGAGGGAUCUACAACAGUGAUUGGUGGAAGAGUAACGUGCAUUUACGCAAACACCUUUUGCUUUUGGGUGGAAAGUUAAACCAAUGUAUGAUAUUAGAUGCUGGUCCAUACACUACGCUGUCUAUACCUACUUUUAUUGAAGAAGGCACAACGACUGUUCAACAAAUAUGGAUUGCAGAAUAUCUUAUGGCUCUUAUCGCUCAGCUAUUUUUAUAUUGUUGGCAUAGCAACGACGUGUUGUACAUGAGUAACCAAGUGGAUGAUGGUGUGUACAGCAGUGCAUGGUGGUCGCAGAACGUGCGCACGCGCAGAAGCCUGCUUUUGCUAGGAGGGCAACUUCGCAAGCCCAUUGCGUUUAAUGCUGGACCAUUUACAAAACUCAAUAUGGCUACAUUUGUUGCUAUAUUGAAAGGAUCUUACAGUUACUACACACUAGUAGCCCAGAAAAAAGACUAA